ACGAUCAAUAUGUUCUAUGUUUCCUGGCUAGAGAUAUCGCAAAAGUUUGUGUGGGGACAAGAGCAAGACGGACUACGAAGUGGAUUCUGAGCGAAUAACGGACUUCUUGAUAAACUACGUGUUCAAUAAGGAGGUGGCGAGGCACGUUAAUGCGGACGUCGGUUACAUUAGGCAAGUUGGCGUGUUAUCGUCGAAUUCGUCAAAUGUAUAGCGAAUGCCGCUUCCGCCCUGGGAACCGUCUACGUCACCGUCGAACGCGAAUGCGACAGAGUGGGCAAUCACGUAGGCCCUGGAAGUCACCUCGCCAGUGUCAGUCAUGGAUAGCGGUAGCGGCGACGACGACCACCACCACAACAACAACAACGAUAAUAACAACAAUAACGAUAGUGGCGAUAACGACGAUAGAAAUGAUGACGACGACGAUGACAACGACAUUGUGGGACCCACAACCGGUGCUAUUGCCGUUGCCGCUUCCAGGCACAUCACCAGGGUUUCCAGAGUUGAAGGAGCAUCACAAGUUCUCGAUGCUCCAUUCUAUGUGCUUUCAUAUAGUCGUCCAGAACGCACAGCUGGACAAGAAUGGUCGCAAUACGAUCUACGUCCCACCUAGCCUUUCAACAACAGAGAACUACAUGAAGGCCCUCAUUUUCUUGUGGAAAUACCAGUGGAGACUAUCUGGCAUAUUAUAACCUGACUCCUAACCCUCGAAAGAACCUUGUAUUGCAGAACACCAUCAGGCAAUAUGCCGAAAACUUGGUCUAUACGAAAACAACAAAAGGCAAGACGCGUACAAGCGCCUGCUUUGUACGCGACCCGUAUAAAGCGAAGCAGUUUAUCCAGAUGGCUUCAUU